ACAGUCAGGUGGCGCUGUUUGAGCCAGUGUCUCACUGUAGCGUCUACUCUCACACCGGUGGAAGUGUUAAACAGAAAGUACAAUAAUUUUCUUCGUUGGAUAAUACAACUUGCGCUUUUUCAUCGAAGGGUGGUUACUCGCUGACGAAGAAAUGUCUCGCAGAUAUGAUUCCCGGACAACCAUAUUUUCCCCUGAAGGCCGCCUGUAUCAGGUGGAAUACGCAAUGGAAGCAAUCGGCCAUGCCGGAACAUGUCUUGGGAUUCUGGCGAAUGAUGGGGUGCUCCUAGCAGCAGAGAGACGCAACAUCCACAAACUGUUGGACGAGGUCUUUUUCUCUGAGAAGAUCUACAAGCUCAAUGAGGACAUGGCUUGCAGUGUCGCAGGUAUCACAUCAGAUGCCAAUGUGCUGACAAAUGAACUGCGGCUAAUUGCACAAAGGUAUUUAUUGCAGUACCAGGAGCCAAUGCCUUGUGAGCAGUUGGUGACAGCACUGUGUGACAUCAAGCAGGCCUACACUCAAUUUGGAGGCAAGAGGCCGUUUGGUGUCUCCCUAUUGUACAUGGGUUGGGACAAACACUAUGGCUUCCAGUUGUACCAAAGUGACCCCAGUGGCAACUACGGUGGCUGGAAGGCAACGUGCAUCGGCAACAACAGCGCUGCUGCAGUUUCCAUGUUGAAGCAAGACUACAAAGAGGGAGAGAUGACACUGUCUUUGGCUCUGGCUCUGGCUGUCAAAGUUCUCAACAAAACCAUGGAUGUCAGCAAGCUUUCUGCAGAGAAAGUGGAGAUUGCCACUCUGACACGGGAGGACGGCAAAACAAAGAUCAAAGUGCUGAAACAGAAGGAGGUGGAAGAGCUGAUCAAGAGACACGAGGCUGAGGAAGCUAAGGCUGAGAAAGACAAGAAGGAGAAAGAGCAGAAAGAAAAGGAUAAAUGAACGCAAUGACAUUUCUUCAUGUCAGAUAGCCUCUUAUUGUUUUGUCUUUUACAUUAAAAGUUUGGAAUUACAUUGU